CCAUGUACAAUGGAAUCGGACUUCAAACCGCCCGUGGAUCGGGAACCAAUGGAUAUGUGCAGUCGAAUUUGUCGCAUCUUAUGCAAGCGAGACGAAAAAUCGAGUACAACGGCGAAGAUGACCUGCGCAAAAUGGAAGCCGAGCUCAAUCGAAAGCCCAACGAGGAAAUCAUGGAUCACAACAGAAAACGUCAAAUCGAGGUGAAAUGCACCGAAUUUGAGAUGCUCCUAGAGGACAAGGGCCUCGACGACGAGGAUAUCGAGCGAAAAGUCGGCGAAUAUCGUAAAAAUCUGCUGAAACAGCUCGAAUCCGGCGAGCUUAACGUCGACGAGGAGCUGAGCACCAAGGAAUCACACGCCAGACGUCGCGCCGCCGCGAAUAAUCGGGAUAAAAUGCGAAAUGCGUUGGGAUUGGGCGAGGAUUACGUGCCGGGAAGCUCGAUGGCCAAGAUGAACAAGUCGGAUGUGGUUGGAGCUGCGAUGGAGUCGGAACUUCCACAAAAAGAUGAUAAGGAGAAGCUUCUCGAGACACUUCGUCUGCAUAGAAAAUCGAAGAAGAAGCAGGAAUCCAGCAGUAGUAGUAGCAGUAGCAGUAGCUCAUCAGAAUCCUCCAGUGAAGACGAGAAGCAUCGUAAGGAUCGUAAGAAGAAGGAGAAGAAGCAGAAGCUGAAGGAGAUGGAGAAACGUCGGGAGAAGCUUCGGCAGAAGGAACGGGAGCUUUUGGCGGUGUCGGAUAAGGUGAAGAAAGAAGAACCAGCAGAGUCCAGUGAUGAGGAAGACAGCCGGAAAGAUCAGAGGAAGCCUCGGGAAGAUCGCAGAAGAUCGGUGGAGCGACAGGAUCAACGGGAAGAUCGUAGAGAUCGCAGAAGAUCCCCCGAGGAUCCUCGAGAGCGUCGGAGAUCCCCUGAAGAUCGUACAGUUCGCAGAAGAUCGCCGGAACGUCGCCGCCAGCAGCGAUCCCCAAGUGUCGAGCGUCGGAAGUCACCACAACGCCGGGAUGAGCGACGUCGGCGACACGAUUCGUCGGAAAAUGAGAGAAGAUCCACUGCCACCGCGUCGAAAAAAUCGAGAAUGGACGAACUCGAAGUGAAACAAGAGCCACCAAGUGAUUCUGAAGAUUAUAUCGCAAAAACCAAUUUGGCACCGAUUCGUGUUGAAAAAUCCGCCGAAAAAGUGGAAAAAUCUCGAAAAUCAUCGUCAGAAAGCUCUUCGGGCUCCUCGGAUUCUGACUCGUCGUCCGAUUCAUCGUCAUCGUCGGAUUCUUCUUCGGAUUCGGAAUAAUUUUUUCUUGUGUUUUAUUUAUUUUUUUUUAAUUUAAAAAUCAUUUAAAUUUAUGUUUUGAGCCGAAAAAAUGGCUGGAAAAUCUGGAUUUAAAGGUUUUUUUUGGAUUUUUUUUGUGUGAAAAUCAAGAAAAAGUUGAAAAUUUUCAUUGAUUUUUGCCUAAAAAACCACAUUUUCUGGGUUUUCAAGUCAAAUUUUAUUAAUUUUUUCGGAAAAAAAGUUGGAAAUUAGUAAAUUUUACAUCAAAUUUAAUGUAUUUUUCUCGGAAAUUUUUGAGUUUUCUCAAUUUUCAGUCAAAUUUUCUGAUAAAGCUAGAUUUUCAGCUAAUUUUUCUGGAAAGUCCUUCAUUCUCAGUCAAAUUUAAAUAAUUUUUCCGAAAAAAAGUUGGAAAUUGGCAAAUUUUGUGUCCAUUUUAUUGAUUUUUCUCUGAAAAUCCGGAAACAUUUUUUUUUCAUUCAAAUUUUAUCGAUUUUUUCUUUAAAAAAUCGGGAUUUUAGGAUAAUUUUUCUAAAAAUCCCUCGAUUUUCAGUCAAAUUUUAAUAAUUUUUCCGGAAAAAAAGUUGGAAAUUAGCGAAUUUUACGCCAAAUUUAAUGUAUUUUCUCUAAAAAUCCGGAAAAAUAAUUAAAUUUCGUUCAAAUUUAAUCAAUUUUUUUUUCUGAAAAAUCACUAUUUUCUGCUAAUUUUUUUUUAGAAAUUCUUUUCGAUUUUCAGCCUAAUUUUUCCGAAAAAAGCUCGAAUUUCCCGAAUUUUUAGUUUAUUUUCAGACAAAUUUGUUUGGAAAUUCCAGACUUUCAGCCAGUUUUUUUUUCUGGAAAUUUCCCGAUUUUCCCGUCAAAUUUAAUCAAUUUUUUCUGAAAAAUCUAGAUUUUCUGCUACUAUUUUCCCCGUUCAUUCCCGAUCUUUUGUGCUCCAAAGAGCAAAUUUCUUUAUUUCUUUUUGCUACUUGUUUUCCCCCAAACGCUGUACAUGAAGAAUCUCCUGAAA